AUGAUUGUAGGCGGAAUGAUUGGCUCCGGUAUAUAUGUCGCUCCCACAGGUGUUCAGCGAGCUGCCGGCUCUGUUGGUUCCUCUAUUAUAAUGUGGGUCGUAGGCGGAGUAUGGUGUGGAAUCGGCUCUUAUAUCUACGCUGAACUUGGAACUCUUAUUGUAAAGUCCGGUGGUGACUAUACAUACAUAAUGGAAGCUUUUGGACCAUUUUUAGCUUUCCUAAGAUUUUGGAUAGAAAGCAUGGUGGUCAGACAAGCCUACAAUAAGUUCGAUGAAGCCGUUAUGUAG